AUGUCGGAAGAUGAUGUAGAGACAAGUUUGGGCAAAGGUGAGGAUGAAGGGAAUUCUAUCCUUGUUCUGUCUGAGGGGGAGGGCAGUGAGCACAGAACUACAGGGCAUAGAGGAGACGAAGCUUUGAAUGUUACAGAUGAUAUAUCUUCACUUAGCAUUGAAGCUGUGACAGAUCAGGUUCUCAUGAGACUCCUGGGCCCCAACAACACGCUCCAGAGUGCAAACAAUGGCGCCACUCCGAGCAGUAGCAGUAGUAGCAGUAGUAGUAGCAGGAGUAGUAACAACAGCAGUAGUAGUAUUAUUAGUAGAAGUAACAGCAGUAGUAGUAGCAGUAGUAGCAGUAGUAGUAGUAUUAGUAGAAGUAACAGCAGUAGUAGUAGCAGUAGUAGCAGUAGUAGUAGUAUUAGUAGUAGUAACAGCAGUAGUAGUAGCGGUAGUAGUAGUAGCAGUAGCAGUAGUAGUAUUAUUAGUAGUAACAGCAGUAGUAGUAGCAGCAGUAGUAGUAGUUGUAUUAGUAGUAGUAACAGCAGUAAUAGUAGCGGUAGUAGUAGUAGCAGUAGCAGUAGUAGUAGUAUUAUUAGUAGUAACAGCAGUAGUAGUAGCAGCAGUAGUAGCAGUAGUAGUAUUAUUAGUAGUAGUAGUAGCAGUAGUAGUAGCAGUUGUAGCAGUAGUAGUCGCAGUAGCAGUAGUAUUAUUAGUAGUAGUAACAGCAGUAGUUGUAGCAGUAGUAGGAGCAGUAGUAGUAGUAACAGCAGUGGUAGUAGCAGUAGUAGUAUCAGUAGUAGUAGUAGAAGUAACAGCAGUAGCAGUAGUAGUAGCAGUAGUAGUAAUAGUAGUAAUAACAGCAGUAGUAGCAGUAGUAGUAACAGUAGUACUAGUAGUAUUAGUAGUAGUAGAAGUAACAGCAGUAGUAGUAGCAGUGGUAGUAGCAGUAGUAACAACAGUAGUAGUAGCAGUAGUAGCAGUAGUAGUAGCAGUUGUUGUAGUAGUAAUGAAUAG